GGUAAUUUCGUCAUUAAACUGCAAUACAAUAUGCAUUUUCAUGGCUCUUUGUUCAAUGCUGGUUUUUUUUUGUCUUUGUUUAAAAAAAAAACUGCAAAUUUUUGCUGUCAAAGAUUGUUUCUUUGAAGAUGAAAGAAUCCUCUGCCAUUAAUGAAAGCAGCAAAGCUUUUGACAAAGUAAAAAAGAAACAACAUUGAAACCCCAUUUUUCUUUUCUCUUUUUGUAAAGCAGUUUCCUUUUUUAGCUGUUUGGUUUAAAUUUUCCUGGAAAAUUUUAGAUUUUGAAGGAAAGAAGAAAAAAAAUGGGGUGUUGGUAUUCAAGGAUUGAUAGAGAAGAAUCUGUUUCCCGUUGUAAAGCAAGGAAGAGAUAUAUAAAACAAUUAGUUAUAGCUAGACAAGCAUUAUCAGCUUCACAUUCGAUGUAUCUUCGUUCUUUACGAGGUACUGGUUCAGCUCUGGUUCAAUUUUCAAACAAUGAAACCACUUUACACCGUCCACCUCCGGUGCCGGCACCACCACCGCCUCCGCCGCCACAGCAGCCGCCGAUGAGUCCUGGUUCAGACACUUGGACAUCGGGUACAACCACCACUGCUUCCCCUGCUCUUCCUCCUCCUCCACCACCACCACCAUCUAGUAGCUGGGAUUUUUGGGAUCCAUUCGCACAAGCAGCCACUACUGCUUCUCGUUCAGUCACUGAAGAAGAGUGGGAAGCUGCUACUUCUACAUCCGAAACGGCUGUCACCGCCGUUACUGGAGCUGCAAAAGCGGUAACGCCGCCUUCGAGUGGUAGUGAGCUAGCCAUGGUUGUUUGUAGGAACAGUAAAGAACUAGUGGAGAUUGUUAAAGAAGUUGAUGAAUAUUUCCUUAAAGCUGCUGAUGCCGGUAGCCAUCUUUCAUUACUGUUAGAAGCUUCAAAUCCCAAUCUUUCAGGCAAAGGGUAUAAUAACUAUGCCUGUAACUUAACGCCAACAACAUGGACAUGGAAUUGGAGCCCCAAAAUAGUGGAAAACACCAUUGUUGGACAUACAGGAAAUACUAGCCAUUGUUCCACCAUAGAGAGGUUAUAUGCUUGGGAGAAGAAACUAUACCAGGAAGUCAAGAAUGCUGAGGCUAUAAAGAUAGAACAUGAGAAGAAAGUGGCACAUAUGAGGAAACUUGAAGUGAAGAGAGCUGAGUAUAUGAAAACUGAGAAAACAAAGAAAGAAGUUGAAAAAUUAGAAUCCCAAAUGAUGGUUGCUUCACAAGCUAUUGAAACUACAUCAGCUGAAAUCAUUAAACUCAGAGAAUCUGAGCUUUACCCUCAAUUACUUGAGCUUGUAAAGGGAUUGAUGUGCAUGUGGAGAAGCAUGUAUGAGAUCCACCAAGUUCACACACACAUAGUUCAACAACUCAAGUACCUUAAUUUCAUCCCUUCUAACGAGCCGACAUCCGAGAUUCACCGGCAAUCAACUCUCCAGCUCGAACUCGAAGUCCAGCAAUGGCAUUUGUCUUUCUGCAACUUAGUCAAAGCUCAACGAGACUACAUUCAGUCCCUUGCUGGUUGGCUUCGGCUUAGCCUUUUCCAGUUCAGCAAAAACCCGCUUUUAAGAACCAGUCAAGAAUCGAAAAUUUACUCUUUUUGCGAAGAGUGGCAUCUUGCAGUCGAUAGGAUUCCGGAUAAAGUAGCGUCUGAGGGAAUCAAGAGCUUCUUGACGGUAAUCCAUGCCAUCGUAGUUCAACAAGCCGAGGAGUAUAAGCAAAAGAAGAAGGCAGAUUCCGCGUUUAAAGACUUCGAGAAGAAGGCAGCUGAACUUAGAUCACUCGAAAGUAAGUACAGCCCUUUUUCUGUACUGGAAACAAACAAAGACCCCAUUGCAGAAAAGAAAACAAAAGUGGACUUAUCGAGAGCCAAAGCGGAGGAAGAGAAGAGUAAGCAUGAGAAGUCGGUGAGCGUAACACGAGCAAUGACUUUGAACAACCUUCAAAUGGGGUUUCCGCAUGUGUUUCAAGCAAUGGUAGGGUUUUCGAGCGUAUGCAUGCAAGCGUUUGAAUCCGUAUACAACCAAGCCAAGAGUAUCGAACAAGAGCACGAUGUCAAGAGAAUUCUCCCUUAAAAACCGAGGCGGAAAACGAUGCUAUUACGAACCUGUUUUUGUGUAUAGCUUUAUGCAAACUCUUCUAAAUGACAUUUUUAAAGAGGCAAUGGUGUAGUGUUAGGGCUUCGAGAUGGCAUUCAAUUAGGAAGGUAGAAUUGUAUACCUUGUUUUUCUUUUAGGAAAAGUGUGAAAUGCUUUGAAAUUUUUGUCAUUGCUCGUGUUACACUCGCCGGCGACUUCUCGUGUUUAUUCUUUUCCUCCUCCGUCUUUGCUUCCGCCUUCGUUCUCUUUUUUACAGAAAAAGGGCUAUGCUUGCUUUUGAGAGAUCUAAGCUUGGCUCCUUCUCGAAA